AUGUCUUCUCUCAGUGCAGGGAAGCCCCCCAUCCAGGACCUCUUCACAGACCUGUGUGAUGGCCGUCGCCUGCUGGAGCUGCUGGAGGGACUGGCAGGGCACGAGCUGGUGAAAGAGAGAGGAGUCACGCGCCUCCACUCACUAAACAAUGUCAAUAGAGCUCUGCAGAUCCUACAGAAGAACAAUGUUGAACUGGUGAAUAUAGGAGGAGCCGACAUUGUUGAUGGGAAUCAUAAACUGAUUCUUGGACUCAUUUGGAGCAUAAUUCUCCACUGGCAGGUAAAGGAUGUGAUGAAGGAUGUGAUGGCAGGCCUACAGCAGACCAACAGUGAGAAGAUUCUGCUUAGCUGGGUGCGCCAGUCCACCAAGGACUAUCCCCACGUCAAUGUGGUCAACUUCUCCUCCAGCUGGGCCGACGGCCUGGCCUUCAACGCACUCAUCCAUAGCCACAGGCCCGAGCUGUUUGAUUGGAGCAUUGUGGAGAAGCAGAAGAGUGCCAUGGAGAGAUUGGAUCACGCCUUCAGCAAAGCUGAGCAAACCCUGGGCAUAGACAGACUGCUGGACGCUGAGGAUGUGGCGGUGCUGCACCCUGAUAAGAAGUCAGUCAUCAUGUACAUAACGUCUCUGUUCCAAGUGCUGCCUCAGGGCGUAACCAUGGAGGCCAUCCAGGAAGUAGAGACUCUGCCUCGGACCAUCGUCAAGCAGGAGGAACACUUCACCAUCCAGACCCAACAACGCUACUCCCAACAGAUCACAGUGAGUGUGUCUCAGGGGCGGGUUCGUACCCCCUCCCCCUCUCCUAAACCUCACUAUGAAAGCUAUGCCUACAGUCAAGCUGCAUAUGUCAAGUCACCUGAACAAAAGAGGAGACGCUUUACUGAGCAGGUCUGUGUCUACUGCUAACUACCUACCCUUCAGGAUGACCUGGAGCGGGGCCUGAGCCCCCUGGCCCCUGGGGCCACCCAGCUGGAAGACUACCAGAGCAUCCUGGAGGAGGUCCUGACCUGGCUGCUGUCUGCAGAGGAUGGCCUGCAGGCCCAGCCCCCCAUCUCCUCUCACGUAGAGGAGGUCAAGGAGCAGUUCCACACACACGAGGGCUACAUGGUGGAGCUGACGUCCCACCAGGGCAGUGUGGGCAGGGUGCUGCGUGCGGGCAGUGCCCUGCUGGGUGAGGGCCAUUUAACGGAGGAGGAGGAGAAAGAGGUCAGGGAGCAGAUGAACCUCCUCAACUCCCGCUGGGAACACCUCAGAGUGGCUAGCAUGGAGAAACAGAGCAGACUCCACGAGGUGUUGAUGGACCUUCAGCACCAGCAGUUGAAGCAGCUCACUGAUUGGUUGGAGCUGACAGAAGGGCGGAUCAAGCGGAUGGGGGCUCAGCCUAUGGGGCCAGACCUGGAGGAUGUUAAACACCAAGUAGAGGAACACAAACUGUUACAGGAGGACCUAGAGUUGGAGCAGGUGCGUGUUAACUCUCUGACACACAUGGUGGUGGUGGUGGAUGAGAACAGUGGAGACAGCGCCACCGCUGCCCUGGAGGAGAAACUACAGCACCUGGGAGACCGGUGGGCAGCCAUCUGUAAGUGGACAGAGGAGCAUUGGGUUCUGCUACAGGAGAUCCUACUCCAGUGGCAACACUUCACUGAGGAACAGUGUUCGUUUGACUCAUGGUUGACUCAGAAGGAGAAGUUGGUUCUGUCCAUCCAGAGCAGUGGCAUCAAGGAGCAGAGUGACAUGGUGGCCAACCUGAGAAGACUAGCGGUGAGUAACAGCUACUUUAUCCAAUCACCUUAG